CCGCGCGGGCGCCGAGAGGAGAGGCGAGGUGGGGUGCGCGAGCGGCGGCGGCCACUGCCACGUAUUCCCGGCAGUGGCGGCGGCGCGAGAGGAGGAAUUAAUUCAUCUUUACUGGAAAUCAGUUUGCUGAAAUUAUUGAGACAGCAAUUCUUGAAGUUUUGAAGAAAAGAAUGUGAGUUCCAGGAACUUUGUCUUCUGUAUUCUGUCCCCACCAUCAGGACAGUACCUAGCAAUCAAGGUUGCUGUACAUUUGCCCUGGAUCUAACCCCCCACCUCCUCUGCACCUGCACCUAUGCAGUUGGCACCACCUGGACAAGCCUCCUGUUGAGAUGUGUGUACCCUGUGCUUCCAGCUGGACACUGCAGCCUCCUAAGCUGGAGUUCUGUGCCUUGACCAGAGGAAUUUGGCUCUUCCUCGAAGCCAUCUCUGGACACACCCUCUGGCAUCCUCUGGGAAAGAUGCGGCAGCUCAAAGGGAAACCCAAGAAGGAGACGUCCAAGGACAAGAAGGAGCGGAAGCAGGCCAUGCAGGAGGCCCGGCAGCAGAUCACCACGGUGGUGCUGCCCACGCUGGCUGUGGUCGUGCUCCUGAUCGUGGUGUUCGUGUACGUGGCCACGCGCCCCACCAUCACUGAGUGAGCGCUGCGGCUGGCUGCGGAGAGGAGGCGUGGGAGGGGGACACAAUCGGAAAAUGGCUUUCACAUUCAGAGAUGUUCAUGAUGCUGAGCUCUAAGUGGGAGCACCCUGUCUUCUCUGGUCUUUGACUUGAUUAAAGUUUCUCCACUUUUCUUGGGAGGGAAUAGGGAACAUGUUAUCAGUGAGCGUGCCAUACACCUUAUGCUCCACUUCGUGUGCCUUUCAGACUUCAAAGCAGUGUGUGUUUCUUUUUCUCUCCUAAAAUCAAUAAGUAGCUCCACCUGGUGAGAGGCGGCGUCCCUGGUCAUGCAGCAGCUGGAAUCAGCACUCACCUCAUCCUCAUCAUGUGGAACAUGACUCUUUUCCUACACGUGUUCACAAUUUCCAAAGGGACUGUAUCUCUUCUCUGUGCUUAAUGUGAUUUGAAAUAUGUUGACUCA